GAAGAAGCGGCGAGGAAACACAAAGACGUCUGUGACUCUUUCUGUGCUCCCAGGAUGACCGUCACAUAUUCCAGUAAAGUAGCGAACGCCACCUUCUUCAGUUUCCACCGGCUGCUGCUGCGCUGGAAGGGAAGCAUCUACAAGCUGCUGUACAGAGAGUUCAUCCUGUUUGUGCUGCUCUACACGCUGCUCAGCGUCGUAUACAGACUUUUCCUCUCCGAUGAACAGAAGAGGUUGUUCGAGAAACUCUCCAUGUACUGUGAUAAAUACGCAGAGCAGAUCCCCGUCACCUUCGUUCUGGGGUUUUACGUGACUCUGGUGGUGAAUCGAUGGUGGAAUCAGUUUGUCAACCUGCCCUGGCCCGACCGACUGAUGUUCCUCAUCUCCAGCUGUGUUCAUGGUAAAGAUGAAUAUGGCCGCCUGCUUCGCCGGACGCUGGUGCGUUACGUUAACCUCACUUCACUCCUCAUCUUCCGCUCCGUCAGCACCGCCGUCUGCAAACGCUUCCCAACCAUGGACCAUGUGGUCGAGGCGGGUUUUAUGACUCCAGAGGAGAGGAAAGUGUUCGAGAACGUGCCCUCGCCUCACCUGAAGUACUGGAUUCCCGUCGUCUGGUUUACCAACUUGGCGUCCAAAGCUCGGCAGGAAGGACGCAUCCAAGACAGCAUCAACCUGCAGAGUAUUCUCAAUGAGAUGAACGUGUUCAGGACCUGGUGUGCCACUCUGUUCGGCUACGACUGGGUCGGCAUCCCUCUGGUGUACACGCAGGUCGUCACUCUGGCUGUCUACACCUUUUUCGUGGCUUGCCUGAUUGGUCGCCAGUUCCUCGACCCUGCCCAGCAUUACCAAGGUCACGACCUUGACCUCUACGUGCCCGUCUUCACUCUGCUGCAGUUCUUCUUCUACGCCGGCUGGCUCAAGGUAGCGGAGCAGCUGAUCAACCCGUUUGGAGAGGAUGAUGACGACUUUGAAGCCAACUGGAUCAUUGACAGGAACCUUCAGGUGUCUCUGCUGGCCGUUGACGAGAUGCACAUGAACCUGCCUCAUAUGACCAAAGACAUGUACUGGAACGACAGCGAGGCGCGGCCGCCAUACACGCUAGCUGCUGCUGACUACUGCAUCCCAUCAUUCCUCGGCUCGACCACUGACAUGGGACUUUCUGACAUCCUGCAGUUUGAUGAUGCUGAUGUUGGGGAUAAUCGUGGCCGGCAACCGGAGUCUGUUUUGACUCUGCGCCAGGAAUCUGUUCUGGGUCGAGUACGCAGGCUGCUCAGUGUUCAGGAGCCUCCUGAGCUCCGACCUCCCCGACCCAUCUUUAAACGACACAGCAGUGAUGCAACAGGAAGCUUCUUCCCAGACCUCAGGGUCAAUCCAGGCCCAGCAAACAUGCACCCACCCUCCACUCAGGCGGUGCCUCCCUCUGCCAUGGACACCCUGUCCACUGUAAGGGAGGUCAGCAGCAAUCCUCCAUCCCCUGAAGGCUCACUGUCUGCUGAUUUCCCCCGGCUCGUCAUCAGCCCACCGCUGACCAGGGGCGUCUGUCACAACAUGGAAUCUCCUCACAACGGUGAAGCAGCAAAACCACAGAAUGGACUGGAUCCCUCCUCCGCUGAGGAGAUACCAGGCUUGGACACAACAAGGCACGGCUCCCCGGUCUGUUGUUCCCCCACACAACUGGGACCCAAGGAAUUUCGCUGGGCGACACAAGACGUCCAGAAUCCACCACCGACCCGACUGAGGGGACGCCAGUUCUCCCUCCAGUUCUCCAGACAGACCUCAAAGGGGUCUGUCCGCAGCCUACCCAGCCCUACAGGUCUAGGAAGGCGGAGACGAGGCCUGGCUCGAUUCCAAUCCAGACGAUCCCCUGGACCCCCUUCUGACACUCUGCAGCUCCCUGAACCGGAGUACGACCAAGAUUUCCAAGGAAUGGCCGGGACUGAGAAAGACAACAAGGACGGAUCCAACAGCAGUGAAGAAAUAAAAAACCCGGAUUCCCAAUCGCAGAGCUCAGAAAACAUAUGAGAACCACUUUGAUCAACAAAACAAUUGAGCCUAUUUGCAAACUGGCAUUGAAAUUACCCAACAGGAGAACUCCCAACCAUGACCAGGUACAUUAAAACCAAUUGCUUAAAAAGCACCAUCGAGAGAGACCUGAGACAAACCCAAACCGGGGCUCCAAUAAGGUACCCCAAAGGAUCCAGUAGCUUACAAAUCGGGCGAUUUAAGCAAACAUGGAAAGAGAAAGCAACAACCACCACGACGGCACAUGGUAGACUAGAAACCUGCAACUGUAGAAAAUGUAUGCUUAAAAAAAGGGAAACGAGCCACUAAGAGCUGAACCCGUUGUGGAGAAGUUUUCAUCAACAUCAGAGGAACUACAGAUACAAAACACAGACUCCAACAGUUAUCUCUGGUGGCUGCUGAUGGGAUUAAGAUCUCAGGAAUACUACCUGGACUUUGGAGACAAAUAUCUUUUGUAGCAUAAACUCUUCUGUCUUUGUGUAUUACACUUUAUAUUCCACUGUUUUUAUCUGCUGCUGCUAAAACACCAAAAACUGCUAUUCACAAUGUCAGAUGUGUUACGGUUGUUAUGCUGUUGUAACUUUAGGAUGGAUGAACUGAUCUCAGAAAGGUUGUGAAACAGGAGAAAGAAUGAUUGGUUGAUGAAGCCUAUUGCUGCUAGAUAGUUUCCAACUUUUUCCCAUUUGAGUUGGUCCCUUUGCAAGAACUACAAAAUGCUGUUAAGGUCUUUUAAUUGUACAACGUGUGUUGAUCAAACAGUUAUCAAAUAUCGAUAACAAAUGUGUGUUAUU